AUUCAGCCUCUAGCAUCUUCAAGCGCAGGAUUUAACAGUUAGUCGUCCUUAAAGGUGCCUGAAUGUCGCGCGUUGUCAGUCAUUGUCCACGGAAACUUUUAGAUAAAAUACAUUUUCGCAAAAACAACAGUUGAGUUGAGUGAAAAGCUCAAAAACCCAUAUCUCGCCCGUUUUUUUGUCGUUUAUCGCCCACAUUUCUUUCCAAGGCAGUUGUAAUCCUACACCGAGCAGCUCUUAAAGGCGCAGGACCCCUGAAUGGCGGCCUCCAGUAAACCCAGGCAUCAGACGAUGAGGGUCCUCGGCUUGCUGCUUGUCCUGAUGCAGUUGCAGCAUGCACACUCGGCAUCAAAGGGAGUCACGGCCAGUCUGAAGGCCAAGUGGCCCAUGACUCCGCUUUUACUGGAGACAAGUGAGUUUAUUGGCGAAGGUGGAGAUGACAAGUUUUGGCAGUUUGUUGAUACUGUGAAGGAGUUAACUGUGUACAAACAUGGAGAAUCUGUCCGAUCAUACUAUAACCUGAUCAUUAAGAAAGCUGGUCAGUUCCUGAGUGAUCUUCAGGUCAGCCUGCUGAAGUUCUCACUGUCCCUCAGAGCCUACUCACCUACUGUACAUGCAUUCCAACAGAUUGCCAGUGAUGAGCCCCCCCCAGAUGCCUGCUCUGCCUUUGUCUCUGUCCAUGGCCAACACGCUUGCAGCACCAAGAACAUGAAGAAACUCCUGAAGGGUGCCGCAGGCAGGCCAAAGCCGUACUUGUAUAAGAAUGAUCAUAAGUAUCCAGGAGUCAAUGGGACAGAUCUUCCUGUCGCCAUACUUUAUGCUGAAAUUGGCACCAAAAAGUUCAACACAUUCCAUAAGGUUCUUUCUGAGAAGGCAGAAGAGGGGAAGCUGAUCUAUGUGCUGCGUCAUUUUGUUGCUGAGCCAAAGAAGCAGCACAUGUUUCUGUCUGGAUAUGGCGUGGAACUGGCUAUUAAAAGUACCGAGUACAAAGCUGUGGAUGAUUCACAGGUUAAAGAUUCAAAAUCAACAGCCAGUUUUGAGGAAGAUGACACUGAUGAUGUCCAGGGGUUUUUAUUUGGAAAAUUAAGGGAGUCUCAUCCAGAACUGCGGGAGCAAUUAGGGGAAUUGAGGAGGCAUCUGUUGGAGAGCACGAAUGACAUGGCACCUCUCAAAGUGUGGGAGCUGCAAGACCUGAGUUUCCAAGCAGCAACCCGGAUCAUGUCUGUGCCGAAGUUCGACUCCCUCAAACUGAUGCGUGAUCUCAGUCAAAACUUCCCCAGCAAAGCAAGAUCACUGACCAGAGUGGCUGUAAACCAAGAAAUGAGGAAAGAAAUUGAGGAGAACCAAAAGCGACUGAGCAAAUCUCUGGGAAUCCACCCUGGAGACGCUAGUCUCUACAUUAAUGGAAUGCACAUUGACCUGGACCUUCAUAACCCCUUCAGCUUACUGGACAUCAUCCGAGGAGAGGCAAAGCUUCUGGAGGGGCUUCAUAGCCUUGGCAUCACGGGCACCACCUUGGGCAAAUUUCUGCGCCUUCCCGUGACCACUGUGGAGGACAGCUAUGCUCUGGACAUCCGGCACGCUGCUAUAAUGUGGGUUAAUGAUAUUGAGACAGACUCCACAUACCGGAACUGGCCCUCCAGCAUUCAGGAGCUGCUCAGAGCCACGUUUCCUGGUGUGAUUCGACAAGUUCGACGGAACUUCUUCAAUUUGGUUCUGUUUCUUGACCCAGUUCAGGAAGACAGCAUUGAACUAGUCAAAUUAGCUGAGCUCUUUUACAAGCACAAGAUUCCUCUCAGGAUUGGAUUUGUCUUUGUUGUUAAUACAGAUGAAAAGGUGGACGGUUACAUGGAUGCUGGUGUUGCUUUCUUCAGAGUGUUGAACUAUAUCACAGAGGAGUAUGACGUAACCCAGGCUUUCUUAUCCAUGGUGUCUAUGUAUAACAAAGUGGAUGUUGGAGAUUCCUUAUCAGUUGAUACUGUGACAGCAUAUCUGAAGAAGAAAUUUCCCAAAGCUAAUGCUGCCAAAAUCCUUGGGGUGGACUCAAGCUACGAUGAUAAAAGAAGGGCUGGAGCAGUUUUCUACAGAAAGAGUGGGCUUGGUGCUCUUCCUGUGGGUCUGUUUAACGGGGUUCCUCUCAGCACUGACGAGAUGGACCCAGACGAGUUGGAGACCAUCCUGCUCCAGCACAUCAUGGAAGCCACUAACUUCUUCCAGAGAGCCGUCUUCACGGGUCAGAUCUCUGAAGGUACAGAUGUGGUGGACUUCCUGAUGGAGCAGCCUAACGUAGUGCCACGCAUUAACCCUCUUAUUCUAAACUCAGACAGGAGGUAUCUGGACUUCACAGCAUCUCCAGUUGCUGAUGACUGGGAUGAUUCAACAAUGUUCUCAUUCCUGGACUCCAAGGACAAGACAGCUGUCGUUUCUAAGAGAGUGAAGUAUUUAACAAAGCAUGAAGAGGAGAUGGUGUACGGGGUGACCUUUUGGAUUGUUGCGGAUAUUGAGCAAGCCUCUGGAAGGCAGAUUCUGCUAAAUGCAUUGAAACAUAUGAAAUCCAGUAGUUCCAGCAGCCGUGUUGGUGUGAUUAAUAACCCCAGUGACCAGCCCACAGAAGACAACAGCAGCUUAUACAGAGCCAUCUGGGCCUCCUUUCUCACACAAAGCACCAAGAAUACCCUCGAGUUCACCCUAAAACUUCUGAAAGAGGAGUCUGUGCAGCUCCUCACACAGGGUACCAAGAUAAAGGAGCUACUCUUAAAGGGCAUGGACCAGGAUGCCUUUGAGAAGAAGUUCAACACUAUGGAGUUGGGCUUUUUGCACAGCCAGCAGAGGUUCUGUCAGGAGGUGCUGAAGGUGAAGGCAGGGCAGACAGCUGUGGUCAGCAAUGGCAGGGUCCUGGGUCCAUUUGCAGAAGAAGAGGAGUUCAGCACAGAUGAUUUCCACUUGCUGGAGAAACUCACGCUCAGCACCUCAGCAGAUAAGAUCAAGGCUAAAGUAAAGCAAAUGAGCUUGACACCCAAAAAUGCAUGUGAUCUUAUUAUGAAAGUGGAUGCUCUUCUCUCGGCUGCUCCCAAAACAGAGGCCAGGAAAGAUAUCAAAUUUGUGAAAGACAAACACAGUGUUUUGCACCUUUCCGCACGUGAAGAUGAGGUGUUUUUUGAUGUGGUUGCAACUGUGGAUCCGCUCACAAGGGAUGCUCAGAAGUUGGCCCCUUUAUUGAUCGUGCUUGGUCAGGUGGUAAAUAUGAGGCUUCAGUUGUUCAUGAACUGCAGAGCCAAGCUGUCAGAGAUGCCCCUGAAGAGCUUCUAUCAUUUUGUUAUGGAAGCAGAUAUGGCUUUCUUGGGGAAUGACACACUGUCACCCGGCCCAAUGGCUCGCUUCACUGAGAUCCCAGAAUCCCCAUUGCUUACACUGAACAUGAUCACACCAGAGAGCUGGAUGGUGGAAGCAGUCCAGAGCCCAUACGACCUGGACAACAUUCACCUACAAGAGGUCAGUGGUGUGGUAAAUGCAGAGUAUGAACUGGAGUAUCUGCUGCUGGAGGGCCACUGUUUCGACCUGUCCACAGGUCAGCCUCCACGAGGACUGCAGUUUACACUCGGCAUGAAGCAGGAGCCACUCAUGCAUGAUACCAUCGUCAUGGCCAACUUGGGAUACUUCCAGCUGAAGGCUAACCCGGGUGCCUGGAUCCUGAGGUUGCGUAAGGGACGAUCUGAAGACAUUUAUCAGAUACAGGAGCACGAUGGAACGGACUCCCCUGCAGAUGCUGGAGAUGUGAUAGUAAUGCUCAACAGCUUUCACAGCAAGAUCAUCAAAGUCAGAGUUCAGAAAAAGCCGGACAAACUCAAUGAAGAUCUUCUGAGUGAAACUAUAGAAAGCAAGAGCCUGUGGGACUCAAUUACCAGUGUGUGGAGUGCUUUGGAGAAAAGUUCAGGGAGGAAAUUACGGAAUUGACAGAAUAAUCGAAGGGUGCCGUUUUACGUCAGGUUUCAUCAGAUGACAGGAAGUAGGAUCUCCUGCACCGACCAUUUAUUGACUGGUAACUUUAAUUUUACUAUUAAUCACAGCAGCCAUUAAGUGCUAAUUCAGCUAGUCCAUAUGCUCAUAGUAAUUCUGCUGAAUAUAUAGUUUUUCGUAGUUCACUAGUUUUUCUCCCAUCUUCCUUUUAUAGACUUGUUCAGAAGAAUGAACAUGAACAAGAGAAUCUAAAUGCUGCACUAAUUCAUCCACCAUUCCGCUUUUUUCAACCAGAGUCACUUUUCUGGUGAAGGGCUGGGAAAUAUUUAUUUGGAAAUUUGCUGCAUUUUCGGUGGUGUAGGGUUUAAUUAAUGCUGUUGUGUUUCGUGUGUCUUGUCCUGCUCUUCUCUCUUCAGUCAUGUUUGCGCACAUGCAGAUGUAGAAAACACAAAAUUCAAAAGAUGUUUAAUGGUAUAGACGUCCCUCCAGUUAAUCAUAUGUUGUAUGUGAACAUCAUUUUGAACAAGUUAAUCGAGUUGUUCAUCUACAGACAACCUAUGGUUUGAACUCACUUGAUGUAUUUGAAGGGCAACGUCCCCUCUUUGAUUUAAGCCAUGAAUGAAUACUGUGUAUUGUAUAGGUAAGCACAAACACAAAAAAUUGAGUUUAUUUGCCUAAAGAGAAGCUUUUUUAUAGUGCGAUUGAGAAACAUACAAGGUUCUGAAGUAUUUUUGUUUCUAAAUGUUUUAUUUUUUAUAUCCUAUUUAAUAUAAACAGAUAAAGCAUUCAAAUGUGACUAUUGUUUCUCAAUGAUAUUUGGGAAUAACUGGUAUAAUCUCUCCAAUCUUGCCAUAAAAUGUGCCUCUAGCCAAAAAGUCUGUUGUUGAAAGCACUUGGACACGCACUUGAUAUCCCAUUUGUGCUUCAUUUCCCUCUCCCACUUUAUCAAUAGAGUUUUGGGAGCUUAGAGUUUUCAGCAAACAAAUCUAUCUGGUCCCUGAAAAUACACUCUUUAAAAAUGGCACAAUGUGUGACAUUCUCCAACAGUGUGAGAAAAGCCAUGCUGCGUUCAUUAUAUUAGCCUUUAGAGUGUAGCUACAAACUUGCUUCUAUUUAACAGUAACUGCAUAUUUUUGCAGAAUGCACUAAUAGCUUUUCAUGAUUUCAUUUCAUGUUUGAUUAGCAGGCAUGACUGAAUAAAAGCUGUCCUGAGUGAAUGCGUUCCUGAGCUGCCCUGAGAUUAUUUCUAUCAUCUAGCAUUAUUAUGUAUUACACUCAUCGUCCACUUUAUUCAUGGGCACAGACUCACCAAAACUGGACAAUCCAAGACUGGAAAAAGACCAAGUGAUUUUUUUUUUUUCUUCUAAUCUUCAACUGUCCAGUUUGGAUGAAUUCAGUUUUGAAUUCAGAUUCCUGUUCUUGGCUGACAGGAGUGGAACCUGAUCUGGUCUUCUACUGUUGUAGCCCAUCCACCUCAAGGUUCGAUGUUUUGUGCAUGCUGGGAUGCUUUUCUGCUCAUCACGGUUGUAACGAGUGAUUAUUUUAUUCACACUACUGUUUGUGAACUUUCCAGGAGAUCAGCAGUUUCUGAAAUGCUCAAACCAGCCCAUGUUGUACCAAUUUUUUUCUCUCUGCUAUAAGAUAUUUGUAUAACCACUUGAAUGAUCUGGUACCUGCUAACAUCGAAUACUGAUCAGACUGUGCAUACAUUGCUCCCCUCUGCUGGUAGGAGGAGGAUGUCAGUAUUCAAUCAUGUCCCAUCCAGUGCUUGUUUAAAACAGCAUGUAUUAUGGGCAAUGUUGGACUGUAACAGAUAUACUAAUAACAGUGCAAUAUAUUUAGAAUAACAAAAAAAAGAAAUAUUAGUAUUCAUUCUGCAAUAUAUUUUGAAAGGGAGUAUCCAAAUUACUUUCAAAUCGGAAAACACGUUUUUUUUUUUUGUGUUUUUUUUUUUAAUCGGAAAGCACAUUUUUGAUAAUUCUAUAAUAAUAAUAAUAAUAAUCAUCAUCAUCAACAACAACAACAUAAUAAUAUUUUUGUUGUUGUUUUUGUUGUUGUUAUUAUUAAUAACAAUAACACAUACACACAUUGCUUAUUUUUUCAAUAUGACUUUUCCUCUAAUAUAAUUUGUUGCCAUAACAUCCCACAGAGCAGCUCCUCCAGAGCUCAAUAUCAUUUCCCAUCACAAAUACAUCACUCCAUGCUGUGAGGGAAAACCGCCCUACAAAAAUCACUUUAUUCAUAUUUUGCUUUAGAAAUUAUUUAACAUUUAUCUGCUAUUUGUGUGUGAAGGUUUAAAUGCAAGAGGCUUGUGGUGACAUGUAAUGUGUUACAACUCAAUAUCUUAGGAGCUCUCUGGGUGCUUCAGUGAAAUUGUUCUCCUCAGAUUAAUCAUGAUAAUUCUUGCAGAAUUGGAUUCAGUAACAUAAUUUCACAUUAUGGUGGCUGUGGAGGGAGAGAUCCUGUCGAGGACUUCCCUGAGAAACAGUGACUUCAUAUUGCAGUGACCAGAACCCAGUUUUUUGGGUUGUUUCUUUGUUUUCCAAAAUGUUUUUUUUUUUUUUUUUUUUUUAAUAUAUUUUAUUGAAUGUUACUCAGUAUAUUUUUAUUAAGCUCUCAGUAGUAUGUGAACAUACACAAUUGUAAUGAUGAUACAGUGUGUUUCCAGUGCUCGCUUGUCCACAAUGCGGAAUGCUCUCAUGGCCUGAAGCAGUGUAGUGCUGCCCUCAGCAAUAAUCUGCUUUCUUUUCAGUUUCUUUAAUUACGGAGAACUGCAUGCUCUUGAGCAGAUCCUUGCCAUCCGGGCCGAGUCAGCUCACCACAUGAGACGACGAUUUAAUAUCUGCUGUGGAAAAUCACAGAGCGUAUAAAAAGAAGGCUUCUUGUACACUAGUACAUACCUAUUGUUUGCUUGGCAUGCAUUUGUGCGUGCUUUAUCGAUUGCCUCAGCCAGUGUUAGUGCUAAACUCUAUUCAGACACACAAGGCUAAGCAUGUCUGCCUGGUGAAUCAUUAAAGCCGUUUAAAUAUACAGAACACUACCAUUGUGUGGA